CAGUAUAAAAAUGUGAAUAAAAAACAAAAAAAAAAAAAUUAUUGGAGGGAGGGAAAAUAAUAGACGAAGCAACAAGCGCGAUACGAACAUCAGCGCCAACUUGGUCAUAUUAUGUUGAUUUCUUCUCCUCCUCUUCAACUUCCCCUCAAGUCUCAACCUCAUCAUCGUAAUCUAACUCCCUUUUUUUUUCGCUGCCAUGCCAAGUUGUAGUCAGUGGCCAGUGCUUAUUCCUCAGUGUCCUCAAAGUCUUACAUUAAUUAAUAAUUACAACUUGAUUUACAAUUUAAUCAAAAAAACACACAAAAGUUAAAUAUCAUAUUCAUUACAAGCAACAUUUUAAAUCAUACACUUGAAAAAAUCAAUCAAAUCAACUUGAUAAAUUCAGAUUAAAAUAUUAAUCAAAUAUUAUUAUUAUUAAUAAUUUUACAUUGUUAAUAAAAACCGGCAAGAGUUUAAAUAAUAAUAAUAAUAAUAAAAUCACAAAAAUAUUUAUUUCUUUAUCGUUUUUUUUUUUUAAUAAAAAAUCUAUUUUAAAAAAGAAGAAAAAAAAAAGACAGGCAUUAAAAGAUUAGUGGGGUUUCAUGAAUAAUAAUUAACAAAGUACCAAUUGUGUGUAGUGAAAAAUAAUAAUAAAAAAUCGAAAAAAUUAAUCAACAUCUGGGUGACAAGAGUGAUGGAGAAAUCAUCAAAAUUUGGGAUUAUAUGAGUGAAAUUAUUGACAUAAAAUUAAGUCAAAUAAAAAUAUUAUUUAGUGGAUGAUAAAUAAUUAAAAUAAUAUAUUUAUUUUUUUUUAUUUUUGUUUUCAACAUUGAUUUCUUUAAAAAAAAAAAAAAAAACAAGUUUCCUGGUUGAUUUUUUUUUGCAGCAAGAAGAGACAAGAGAAAGAUAUUUUUUUUUUUUAAUUAAAAUAUACAACGCAUGAUGCUGGAUCCAAGUGUCUUAACUGAUCUUGAAGAAUUAACAUUAUGCGGUUAUUGUAAACAAAAAUAUAAUGAUAAUGAACAAUGUCCAAAAUAUUUAAGUUGCAAGCAUUAUUUUUGUUUAAGUUGUAUUGAAAAUAAUUUUACAAAAGGACGUGAAUUAUUUUGUGCUCAUUGUUGGAAAAGAACUGAAUUAGGUGAUGAUGGAGCUGAUGGUUUACCAACAUAUUCACCACUUCUUGCAUUGGCUAAUAAUUUUUCAUAUUUUAAAACUAAUGAUAAUAGUAAAAAUAUGAUAAAAAAAACAACAAUAGAAAAUGAAAGAAAGAGUGAAAAUUGUCAUGUUCAUGGAAUGCCAUUGGCACUUUGGUGUGGUACAUGUUGUAAAGCACUUUGUCGUGCAUGUGCAACACCCCAAGAUCAUCCUGGUCAUCAAAUUAAAACUCAACUUGAUGCCAAAGAACAAUUAAUAUCUGAAGUUCAACUUGAGCUAUCAACAAUGGGUAAAUUAUCAAACGAAAUACAAAAUUUAGCAAUUCAACAACGUGAAUUUUUAAUAAAAAUACUUGAAUCAUGUGUUACAAUUAAAACUCAUGUUGAAAAUAAUUUACAAAAUAAUUGGUCAAAUAUACCAGAAUUAUCAGAUGCACGUGAAACACUUGGUAAAGUUAAAGCAAAUUUACAAUUAACAAAUUGUCCAAAUGACAUAGUUAAUUUACAUUCACAAUUAUUAAAUGAAAAAACACAUUUACAAAAAAAAUAUCAUGAAAUGAUGUUACAAUGUCAACUUGAUGAUUUAAUAUGUCAUUCAAAUAUAUUAUUUAAUUUUGAUAUAUUAAAACAAUCAAUUGACGAUAUUAAUUGUGGUAAUAAUGAUAAUUUUAUAACAAAAUUAAUACAACAAUCAAAUAUUGGAUUAUUAAAUAAUCAAACAACAAUUAAUCCAUUAUUAUUUCUUGCUAAUUAUUGCAUAUCACAAUUAUAUGCAAAUAAUAAUAUUAUCAAUAAAAAAUUAUCAUCAUCAUUUAUUGAUAAUAAUAAUAUACAACAAGAAUUGUGUCAACAAUCAAUGAAUUUAUUAACACAACAAUUACAAACAAAUAAUAUAAAUAUAUCACAAAAAUAUAUAAUACCAUCAUCAAAUUCAUCAUCGUCAUUAUCAUCAACAAAUAAUAAUAUUAUUUAUCAACAACAAAAUUCAUUUCUACAACAAGAAACAAGUUCAUCUGGUAGUUCAUCUGGUAAUACCACAACAUCUGGAUUACUAUCAAUUCAUUCACCAACACAAUUAAUUAAUAAUACAAAUAAUACAAAUAAUAAUAAUAUAAAUAAUAUAAUACUUCGUGGACCUGUUAAUAUUUAUCCAAUGUAUUAUUUUAAUAUUGAUGUUAAUGGAGGAUAUUAUGGUAGAAUUGUCAUUGAAAUACGUCCAGAUGUUGCACCAAAUAUGACAAAAAAUUUUAGUAUAUUAACAACUGGUGAAAGUGGUAUUGGAUACAAGGGUUGUUCAAUAUUUCAAUGUUGGGAAAAUGAAUCAAUAAUAACUGGUGAUUUUGAGCUUAAUAAUGGAAGAGGUGGAAGAAGUAUAUUUCCUGAUGGUUAUUUUAUGCCUGAUGAUACUAAAUUUCCAGCAGUUAGAGGAGCUGUUGGUAUGCGUAGAACACAAAAAAGACAUGAUAAUAUGGGAAUGGUUGGUUCACAAUUUCGUAUUAUUUUACAACAAAUGAAAGGUUUUACUGGUAUAUUUGGUCAUGUUGUUGAGGGACUUGAACUUGUUGAAAAAAUAUCAACUUAUGGGGAUCAAACUGGUAAACCAACUAAAAAUAUAUUAAUAUCACAGUGUGGAAAAUUGUAAGAAAAUAUUUUUCUAUUUCUUUUUUUUUUUUAAUUAUUAUUUUAAAAUGGUAUUUUUGAGAGUAUUAAAGUAUAUUUUUUGAAAUAAAUAUUAUGCAAGUUAAAGAUUUAAAUGAGAAGAGAGAUACAAAAAAAAGUAUUUAUCAUUAUUAAAAAUAUUUUUCAAUUGAAAAAUAAAUAUAUCAAUAAAUUGUUUUGAUGAUAGAUAUAUGUAUAUCUGUAUUUUGCUAUUAAUAAGGAAUCUUUUUAUCAUGAUUCCUUUGUGUUUACGAUUAUCAAAGGAAAAAAAAAACAAAAAAAAAAUAUAUAUAUAUUUCCUAUACAUAUGUACCUCAAUUGUCGAUCUGAAUCGGUGAUAAUCUUUAGUCUAUGUCUUCUAUGUUUAUCAAAAAACAAAAACAAAUAAUUGUUAUAUAUUUGUUGGUUUUUUUUUUCUAGUAGGCUAAUCAAUUAGUAUAAUUUAUUUAAAAAAAGCAAAAAAGUAUAUCAAAAAAUGUUAAUUACAAUACUAAUCAUGUGCACGAAAAAUCCAAGGCAUAUUUUUUUGUUUUAUUUAUGUUUUUUGUUGGUAAAAAAGUAUAAGCAUGAAAAAAAAAAAAUGAUCAAUUUUUUAAACAAAUCAAUUGUUAGUAAGUUAUUAAUUUUUUAUGUUGAAAAAAAUUCGUUUAAAUAUUAUACUAUGCCUUGGUAGAAAUUAAAGAAAAAAAGAAAAUAAUUAACGAAUCAAGUUUUGAACAAAUAUUAUUUUUAAAAAAUGAAAUAAAUGUAUUAAAAAAAUUUUUUUUUUCGUUAUGGCUAAAGCCAAAUUAUUAUUUUUAAUUUAAAAUAUAAAAAAAAAUAUAUAUUCAAUAUGAAUGUUAUGUUAAAAGAAAGAAAAAGCUAGCAAGGCCUAAGCGUGGAACGCAAAAUGAUAAAUGUACCUUCAAUUAGAUCAAAUAAAAAAAUGAUCAAGUCGAUAAAUAAAUGUUCCAAAUAAUCAUAAGGUUAAAUUAAAAAUUAAAUUAUAAUAAAAAAGGGUAAAAACGAUAUAGAUAUAAAUAUUUAUAAACGAGUCAUUCCUUUACGUGUAAAACAAUUACUACAAUUAUGUCUUAGAAAAACGACUUAAAAAAAUUUAAAAAAAUAUAUAUUCUCGUGUAAAAUUCUUAUUUUGUCUAACUGUUAUAUAUUGACACGAUGAAAAAUCAAAUGAUCUGUAGUUAAAAAAAAUAUUUGUGACAGAAAAUUAUCAAUCGAAAAAUACAAACGAAUUAAAACAAAUAAUGCGUAAUAUUUUUGUGAUUAAAAGGAGAGUUAAAUGUUUUAAAAAUAUAUUGCAUAACGCGGCUGACAAAUCUAAACAAAGUUUAGUUGUACCAAAUGUUUAAAAGAAAAAUUAAUAUAAUGCAAAUAUUUUUAUUUGUGUGUUGAUAAAUGUGAAAAGAAAAAAUAGUUUAUAGACAGUAAAAUAGUUUUCUCCGUACUGUAUAUAAAUAUAUUUUUAUUAAACUAAACGAAAAAAAAAAAAAGAAAAGUUUUAGAUUAAUUUUAAAAUAUGAGUAUUUAAAUAAAAAAAAUUAUUUAAAUAUUACAACAAACAAGCACACUAAACAGAGCAAUGAUUAACGUUGAUAAAAAAAAGAAUUUAAAACAAUGAAAAUCUUCUUCGAAUGAAUUAAAUAAUAAACAAAAACUGCAUGAAAAAAACAAAUCAGUAAGAAAUCGAAUUACUGUGCAUCCUUAAAUCAGUCUUAUUAUUUUUUUAUUUUAUUUUUUUUCCAUUUUUAAAUAUUUUUGUUUAUUAAUUUUUCAAGUUGAUGAUAAAAAAAAAAAUUAUUUUCGUUAAUAAAAUUGACUCCACACAAGACAUCGUUUGUCGGUGGUUUAAAUAUUUUUCGUAAUAAAAUUUAAUCGAUAUAAAAUGUACGAUUAUGUUACUCGAUCGUUUACGAUAUAAAAAAAAAAAAAAACGAUAAUAUUUAGUGCUUAACUAAUAGAUGUACUUGAAAAAAGAAAAAAAAAAAAAACUGUCGAGCUUGGUUUAUAAAACUGUUCUUCAUUUCGUUCAA